AGCACAGCAGCUUCCUUAUCUAAACGUCAUUGACAUCGCGGAAAACUCGCCUGAUUCACGAAAGGUUUUGUUGGCCUUUGAGGUUAUUUCUCCUGCAUGCUCUGCCCAUUGGAGAUCACGGGAAUCAGUGAUGCUUAGGUCUUAAGCGUAAGGUACACACUCGAGCGAUGUCCUUCUUAAAGAUGUGAACGAAUUUGCAUUUUGCGGCGUUGAAAGCUAUGCAGCUUGGUGAAUUUACCAGUUUCCGAGGAGUUACCAGCAAGAGUGACAGCAUAUUUGCGGUUGAAAGUAGAUUCUAUGAUCAUUACCAGAGCCAGUGCGAAGAUACCGUCAUGAAGAUAACCAUAUCUGCCGAAUUUACAGGAAUACUUUUUUGUAAGCGGUAGUGUGCAACAUUGGCAAUACCCAAAGUAAUUUGACAAUUAAUUUCUUAGCAGUACGAUAACUUUCCCUUUCAUUUUGCGAUUAUUAUACAGGAUUUACAGCAGUGUUUACAACUCUUGGUAAGAGUGGAACUACUGGUCCAGUCCAAAUUGGAAAUCACUACACAGGUCAGGAUCACGACGGGCAAGUUACAUUGUCCAGCGGUAUUCAACAAUGGACUGUGCCACACACUGGCGAAUACAGAAUAGAAGCAAUAGGAGCCUCAGGGGGGUACGGUGAGGACAGUAUCAUCAAGAACGGUGGAAGAGGGGCACGAAUGAUUGGAAACUUUAUUUUGACCAAAGAUGAGAUCAUUCAUAUACUUGUUGGUCAAGAAGGGGAAAAAGGGAAGAACAACUCAAAAACUGCUGGAGGUGGUGGAGGUACAUUUGUUGUGAGACGAAACAACACGCCUUUAAUCAUAGCUGGAGGUGGAGGGGGAAUCAAAAAUAUGUCAGAACAACAUCCGGCAUGUGAUGCGUCCAUAAACACCACUGCAAAUGCAGGGAACAACUCGCCACUGGGGUCAGGGGGAAUAGAAGGACAAGGAGGACUUACUAAUGGUGGAGAAUGUGGUGGUGGUGGUGGCGGCUUCCAUAGUAAUGGACAUAAUGCAACGAGCUCUAGUAAAGGAGGGGGAAAAGGAGGUUCAGGAUAUCUUCAGGGGGGAGAGGGUGGAAAGAUUUUUGGUGGGUUCGGAGGUGGCGGUGGUUUACGUAUUUCCAACAGGGGACCCGGCGGUGGUGGUGGUUUCACUGGGGGAAGUGGCGGGGCUAAUGAGGAUAUUUCCUGUGGGGGAGGGGGAGGAUCUUUUAACAAUGGAACAAAUCAACAAAAUGAAUGUUGCUAUGAUAGCGCUGGUCAUGGCUGGGUAAACAUUACAUUUCUCCGAUGAAGAGCACAUAGCAACUCUUGUUAUCGUGCACAAAAAAAGUUGGUAGAAGAGCAGUUAUAUAUACCAAGGUGAUGGCACGUUCAAUUUCAAGCAAAAUCUUAUUUAGUUGUUAGAUUGUUAUUUUUAUGUCAACAUUUAGAAUAGUUUUUCAGGAGGCUCUUGUGCUCUUUCAUUAAAGUGGAGGAGAAUGCUAUAAUUGGCACACAGAGAAAAGAUGUUUGUGCCUGAUAGCGACCAGAAAUUAAAUGUUUUAAAAAUUUUCAUGUAAAAAAACUUAGAAAAUUGCUUUAUAGGAGUUACAGAAAGGAUCUCUCAUUUGUUAGUGUUGACAGAAGAGUACUUGCUCAUAAUCUUAAUUUAAGUCUCUGUGGUAACAUGUUGAUAACCACAGUUGAUUUUAAAUAAACUAAUUGUUUUGCUAUUAAUAGUUGUUUUGUUGUUGUUUUGUCAGAACUCUGAUUAUAGUGUUGAGACUUCUGCAGUGUCCCAUCGAAACUCCUUUGCAAUUGGCUAUUUUGAAAAGGGCACAACAACUAGCGAGAAGAUGAUUAACUUCCAGUCUCCUUUGUAGCCAUUCUCUGGACGUAGGAGAC